CACAGCUGUGUGAGUGAAGAAAUGGAUUUUCAUCGGGCCUCCUGGAAUGCAUCCGUCAGAGUUAUGCACACUGGCAGGCCCAUUGGUUACACUUUUAGUUUGUGUUUAAGUAAAAUGUGCAUUUUUCCUUGCUAUCCCCUCAUUAGCCUGACCCUCUUUGCUUUUAAAGGUGAGAGCUUAAUGCUGCUACUGGCUGCGGCUUGGUUUUAUGAACUAGGUUUCCCACAGGUUGGUUUAGUCUGUAUCAUUUCAAAUCAGAUGGCUGCAGAUUUGAAUCCAAAUUUCUUUAUGAGUUAUACGAGUUAUGUCAACAGUUGUUCAGUGCUUGCUUUUCCCUAAGGGUGCAUGGUUUCUCAGUGGCUCUUGGCCUCCAGUGGGAAUUCUCUGCUGUUGGUAUUGUCUGGAAGAAUACAAGCUGUGUAAAGCCAUUUGUACUUGGGGACAGGAGCCCCAGUUCCCAGAGCAACGGUUUAUCACCCUCCCUGCGUUAUCUUUGCCCUUACAUUUCUGCAGUCACGGGACCGUGUCCUCAGCCAGUUAAGCGUGCAGGGUCGCGCAUGGGUUCAGCAUGCAUGGACUGUUUAUGAAAAGCCAUGUGGGUUGGGCUCAUGUUCCUGGAGUGCUUUGAACAGCUUUAUUAAUCUGUCAGCAUAGUAUGUUCUUGUGGAUAAAUAUAGACAUACGGGCACUAUGUGAGUUGUAGGUCACGGUCUUACUGUGCAGCUAAAAAUUGUCCCAUUGGUUUGAACAGUCUGCCCUGGCCGGAAGGCCUGUUUGAGUAUAUCUUCUACUGUAGCUCUUUCGCACCUGACUAAAAAUACAUCUUGGACCAAAAAUACAAGAGCACUACCUUGUGGCUGAGACACUUAGGGUGUCAGUGAGCAGUUGGAUCAUGGAGCCCGUCAUUAUGUUUUUCUGCUUUGGAACAUAGUCCGUGUAGCCGUCCCAGACGUGCAGUUUGGGUUUCUUUUCAGGCCCAUGGAGAUUACAACAGCUUGUUGGAGACGGUCCUGUGUGGUCAGCUUCAUCAAAGGGCUCGCAUCUCCAGUUGGCAACGGUUACAUCAAGCCACCAGUUCCACCUGCUUCUGGCACACACAGGGAGAAAGGGCCACCAACCAUGUUACCCAUCAGUGUGGAUCCAGACAGCAAGCCAGGAGAAUAUGUCCUCAAGAGUUUAUUCGUCAACUUCACCACUCAGGCUGAGCGCAAGAUUCGCAUCAUCAUGGCAGAGCCCCUGGAAAAGCCUUUGACAAAAUCUCUACAACGUGGAGAAGACCCCCAGUUUGAUCAAGUCAUCAGCUCCAUGAGCUCCCUGGCUGAGUAUUGCCUGCCUUCCAUCCUGCGGACAUUAUUUGACUGGUAUAAAAGGCAAAAUGGCAUUGAGGAUGAAUCCCAUGAAUACAGACCAAGAACAAGCAAUAAAUCUAAAAGUGAUGAACAGCAGCGAGAUUAUUUAAUGGAAAGACGGGACCUCGCCAUUGAUUUUAUUUUCUCUUUAGUAUUAAUAGAAGUUUUGAAACAGAUUCCACUUCAUCCUGUAAUAGACAGCUUAAUACAUGAUGUUAUUAACUUGGCUUUCAAGCACUUUAAAUAUAAAGAAGGAUACCUUGGUCCUAACACUGGCAAUAUGCACAUUGUGGCAGAUCUGUAUGCAGAAGUCAUUGGCGUGCUGGCACAAGCUAAGUUCCCUGCUGUAAAGAAGAAAUUUAUGGCAGAAUUAAAAGAAUUACGGCAUAAAGAGCAGAGCCCGUAUGUGGUGCAAAGUAUUAUCAGCUUGAUAAUGGGAAUGAAAUUUUUUCGAAUCAAGAUGUAUCCAGUGGAGGACUUUGAGGCCUCGCUCCAGUUCAUGCAGGAAUGUGCACAUUAUUUCCUGGAGGUCAAAGACAAGGAUAUCAAGCAUGCCUUGGCUGGGCUUUUCGUUGAAAUCCUGGUCCCAGUUGCUGCUGCUGUUAAAAAUGAAGUGAAUGUUCCCUGCCUUCGAAAUUUUGUGGAAAGUCUGUAUGAUACCACACUAGAACUUUCUUCUCGAAAGAAGCAUUCCUUGGCUUUGUACCCCCUCGUGACCUGUCUACUCUGUGUCAGUCAGAAGCAGCUGUUCCUCAACAGGUGGCACAUUUUCCUCAACAACUGCUUAUCCAACCUCAAAAACAAAGACCCCAAGAUGGCUCGAGUUGCACUGGAAUCACUCUACAGACUUCUCUGGGUUUACAUGAUUCGAAUUAAAUGUGAAAGCAACACAGCUACUCAGAGCCGACUUAUAACCAUCAUCACCACGCUUUUCCCCAAAGGGUCCCGCGGUGUGGUGCCAAGGGAUAUGCCUCUGAAUAUCUUUGUGAAAAUCAUCCAGUUCAUAGCCCAGGAACGUUUGGAUUUUGCAAUGAAAGAAAUCAUUUUCGAUUUUCUUUGUGUGGGAAAACCAGCCAAGGCGUUCAGUCUCAAUCCCGAGAGAAUGAACAUUGGUUUACGGGCCUUCUUGGUAAUAGCAGAUAGCCUCCAGCAGAAAGAUGGGGAGCCUCCCAUGCCAGUGACUGGAGCUGUUCUUCCUUCCGGAAACACGUUGAGAGUGAAGAAAACAUACUUAAGUAAAACGCUAACUGAAGAGGAAGCCAAAAUGAUAGGAAUGUCUUUAUACUACUCUCAAGUACGAAAAGCAGUGGACAACAUUUUGAGGCACCUUGAUAAAGAAGUGGGGAGGUGUAUGAUGCUCACUAACGUGCAGAUGUUAAACAAAGAGCCAGAAGACAUGAUCACGGGUGAGAGAAAGCCCAAAAUCGAUCUUUUCAGGACCUGUGUUGCUGCUAUUCCUCGACUGCUUCCUGAUGGGAUGUCAAAACUUGAACUUAUUGACUUGCUGGCUAGGCUUUCCAUUCAUAUGGACGAUGAGCUGCGACAUAUUGCCCAAAAUUCUCUUCAGGGUUUACUGGUCGAUUUCUCAGACUGGAGAGAGGAUGUGCUAUUUGGCUUUACCAACUUCCUGCUCCGAGAGGUCAACGACAUGCAUCACACCCUUCUUGAUUCCUCCCUCAAGUUACUGCUGCAGCUCCUGACCCAGUGGAAGCUGGUCAUCCAAACGCAAGGAAAGGCCUAUGAACAAGCCAAUAAAAUCCGCAAUUCAGAGCUAAUCCCAAAUGGUUCGAGCCACAGAAUUCAGGCGGAGCGAGGCCCUCACUGCAGUGUCCUGCAUGCCGUGGAAGGGUUUGCCUUGGUGUUGCUCUGCAGCUUCCAGGUGGCCACACGCAAGCUGUCUGUCUUAAUACUCAAGGAGAUCCGAGCUUUAUUUGUUGCCCUGGGUCAGCCUGAGGAUGAUGACAGACCCAUGAUCGAUGUCAUGGAUCAGCUGAGUUCUUCCAUUCUGGAAAGCUUUAUUCAUGUCGCAGUUUCAGAUUCAGCAGCAUUGCCCUUGACACACAAUGUGGAUUUGCAGUGGUUGGUGGAAUGGAACGCCAUCUUGGUCAAUAGCCAUUACGAUGUGAAGAGCCCUUCCCACGUCUGGAUUUUUGCACAGUCUGUCAAAGACCCUUGGGUCCUCUGCCUCUUCAGCUUCCUACGGCAGGAGAACUUGCCCAAGCACUGCCCCAUGGCCCUCAGCUACGCAUGGCCUUACGCCUUCACCAGGCUCCAGUCGGUGAUGCCUCUGGUAGACCCAAACAGCCCAAUUAAUGCCAAGAAAACCAGUACUGCCGGCAGUGGGGACAACUAUGUGACGCUAUGGAGGAAUUACCUUAUUCUGUGUUUUGGAGUCGCAAAGCCCAGUAUUAUGAGCCCAGGACACUUAAGAGCUUCCACUCCAGAAAUAAUGGCAACCACCCCUGAUGGUACAGUGAGCUACGAUAACAAGGCCAUAGGCACCCCGUCCGUGGGCGUUCUCUUAAAGCAGUUGGUGCCUUUGAUGAGGCUGGAGAGCAUUGAGAUCACAGAAUCCUUAGUUCUAGGAUUCGGAAGAACAAACUCCCUGGUGUUCAGAGAAUUGGUGGAAGAACUUCAUCCAUUAAUGAAAGAAGCUCUGGAACGCAGACCAGAGAAUAAGAAGCGCCGGGAACGGCGAGACCUACUAAGGCUGCAACUACUCCGAAUUUUUGAACUUCUGGCUGACGCUGGUGUCAUAAGUGACAGCACAAAUGGAGCCUUGGAACGGGACACACUAGCCCUGGGAGCUUUGUUCUUAGAAUAUGUGGAUUUGACCCGCAUGCUGUUAGAAGCUGAAAAUGACAAAGAAGUUGAAAUUCUUAAAGAUAUCCGGGCACAUUUCAGUGCCAUGGUCGCCAACUUGAUCCAAUGUGUUCCAGUUCAUCACCGAAGGUUUCUCUUCCCCCAGCAAAGCCUGAGGCACCAUCUUUUCAUCCUGUUCAGCCAGUGGGCAGGACCCUUCAGCAUUAUGUUUACUCCUCUGGAUCGAUACAGUGACAGAAACCAUCAGAUUACAAGAUAUCAGUAUUGUGCAUUGAAAGCCAUGUCAGCAGUAUUGUGUUGCGGCCCUGUGUUUGACAACGUGGGCCUUUCUCCAGAUGGCUACCUCUACAAGUGGCUUGAUAACAUUCUAGCCUGUCAGGAUUUACGAGUUCAUCAGCUCGGCUGUGAAGUUGUUGUCUUGUUACUGGAACUCAAUCCUGACCAAAUAAACCUUUUCAACUGGGCGAUUGACCGAUGCUACACAGGUUCCUACCAGCUGGCUUCUGGCUGCUUCAAAGCCAUAGCCACUGUGUGUGGAAGCAGGAACUAUCCUUUUGACAUAGUGACACUGUUGAACCUGGUUCUGUUCAAGGCUUCUGACACCAACAGAGAGAUCUAUGAAAUCUCCAUGCAACUCAUGCAGAUCCUUGAAGCAAAGCUUUUUGUAUAUUCAAAGAAAGUUGCCGAACAAAGACCUGGCAGCAUUCUGUACGGAACCCAUGGCCCGCUGCCACCCCUCUACAGCGUGUCGCUCGCCCUUUUGUCCUGUGAACUGGCCAGGAUGUACCCGGAGCUCACUCUUCCACUUUUCUCAGAGGUCAGCCAGCGGUUCCCCACGACACACCCCAAGGGACGUCAGACCAUGCUCACCUACCUGCUGCCCUGGCUGCACAACAUCGAGCUGGUGGACAGCAGGCUCCUCCUCCCUGGCUCCAGCCCCAGCAGCCCGGAGGAUGACGGCAAGGACCGGGAAGGAGAGGUGACUGCUUCUCAGGGGCUCAAAGGGAAUGGCUGGGGCUCACCGGAAGCCACAUCGCUGGUCCUCAACAACCUCAUGUACAUGACGGCCAAGUAUGGAGAUGAAGUUCCGGGGCCUGAAAUGGAAAAUGCUUGGAACGCGCUAGCCAACAAUGAGAAAUGGAGCAACAACCUAAGGAUCACCCUGCAGUUCCUCAUCAGCCUGUGUGGGGUCAGCAGCGACACGGUCCUCCUGCCUUACAUUAAAAAGGUGGCCAUCUACUUGUGCCGUAACAACACCAUCCAAACCAUGGAAGAGCUUCUCUUUGAGCUGCAGCAGACUGAGCCAGUGAACCCCAUUGUCCAGCACUGUGACAACCCGCCCUUCUACCGCUUCACGGCCAGCAGCAAGGCCUCUGCGGCGGCCUCAGGAACCACUUCCAGCAGCAACACAGUGGUUGCUGGCCAGGACAGUUUCCCAGACGCCGAGGAGAGCAAGAUACUGAAAGAAUCUGAUGAAAGGUUUAGCAAUGUCGUCAGGGCCCACACCCGCCUAGAGUCCAGGUACAGCAAUAGUUCUGGAGGAUCCUAUGAUGAAGACAAAAAUGAUCCGGUCUCUCCCUACACAGGCUGGUUGUUAACUAUUACCGAAACCAAGCAGCCCCAGCCCUUGCCGAUGCCCUGCACGGGAGGAUGCUGGGCACCCCUGGUUGAUUAUCUCCCAGAGACCAUCACACCCCGGGGACCACUCCAUAGGUGCAAUAUUGCUGUCAUUUUUAUGACUGAGAUGGUGGUGGAUCACAGCGUACGGGAAGACUGGGCUCUUCAUCUACCGUUGUUACUCCAUGCUGUCUUCUUAGGUUUGGAUCAUUACCGGCCUGAAGUCUUUGAACACAGCAAAAAAUUGCUUCUUCACCUCUUGAUUGCCCUCUCUUGCAACAGCAAUUUUCAUGCCAUUGCUUCCGUGCUCCUGCAGACUCGAGAGAUGGGUGAAGCUAAAACCCUAACUGUUCAGCCUGCUUACCAACCUGAAUAUCUCUACACAGGUGGCUUUGACUUCCUGCGGGAGGAUCAGUCUUCGCCCGUGCCGGACUCGGGGCUGAGCUCUAGCUCCACCUCCUCCAGCGUCAGUCUGGGAGGCAGCAGCGGGAACCUGCCACAGAUGACACAAGAGGUGGAAGAUGCGGACACCGCUGCUGAAACGGAUGAGAAAGCAAACAAACUCAUAGAGUUUCUGACCACCAGGGCAUUUGGUCCGCUUUGGUGCCAUGAAGACAUUACUCCCAAAAAUCAAAACUCAAAGAGCGCUGAACAGCUCACCAAUUUUCUGCGUCAUGUGGUGUCCGUCUUUAAGGAUUCCAAAUCAGGUUUCCACCUGGAGCAACACCUGAGUGAAGUUGCCCUGCAGACAGCCCUCGCCAGCUCCUCCAGGCACUAUGCCGGCCGCUCCUUCCAGAUAUUUCGAGCCCUCAAGCAGCCCCUGUCGGCGCAUGCCUUGUCUGAUGUUCUAUCGAGACUCGUGGAGGUCAUCGGAGAACAUGGAGAUGAGAUUCAGGGCUAUGUGAUGGAGGCGCUCCUGACCUUAGAAGCUGCCGUGGACAACUUGUCUGACUGCUUGAAGAACAGCGAUCUCUUAACUGUGUUAUCUCGUUCUUCAUCACCGGAUUUGAACUCCAGCACUAAACUAACAGCAAGCAGAAAAAGCACAGGGCAGUUAAAUGUGAAUCCUGGAACUGCCAGUGGCAAUCCCACGACUGCAGAACGGAGCCGACAUCAAAGAAGCUUCUCUGUGCCCAAGAAGUUUGGAGUUGUCGACCGAUCCUCCGACCCACCUCGAAGUGCCACACUGGACAGGAUUCAGGCUUGUACCCAGCAAGGCCUGUCCUCCAGAACCCGGAGCUCAUCCUCCUUAAAGGACAGUCUCACGGACCCAUCCCACAUAAACCAUCCAACCAACCUGUUGGCCACCAUCUUCUGGGUCACAGUUGCUCUGAUGGAGUCUGACUUUGAGUUUGAAUAUCUAAUGGCCUUAAGGUUGCUCAAUAGACUACUGGCACACAUGCCACUGGAUAAAGUGGAGAACCGAGAAAAGCUUGAGAAACUCCAGGCACAGCUCAAGUGGGCUGACUUCUCAGGGCUGCAGCAAUUGCUGCUGAAAGGCUUCACCUCCCUCACCACCACAGACCUGACUCUGCAACUUUUCAGUCUGCUGACGCCGGUGUCCAAAGUAUCCAUGGUGGAUUCAUCCCAAGCUAUUGGGUUUCCACUGAAUGUCUUGUGUCUGCUGCCACAGCUGAUUCAGCAUUUUGAAAGCCCUAAUCAGUUCUGUAAGGAUGUAGCAGAGAGGAUCGCUCAGGUUUGUUUAGAAGAGAAGAACCCUAAACUUUCGAAUCUUGCACACGUUAUGACGCUUUAUAAAACGCACAGCUACACGAGGGAUUGCGCCACGUGGGUCAAUGUGGUCUGUCGGUACCUCCAUGAAGCCUAUGCUGACAUUACCUUGAAUAUGGUCACCUACCUGGCAGAGCUGCUGGAGAAGGGCCUGCCCAGCAUGCAGCAGCCCCUCCUGCAAGUCAUCUACAGCCUGCUCAGCUACAUGGACCUCUCUGUCAUUCCCGUCAAGCAGUUUAAUGUGGAAGUACUGAAGACGAUUGAGAAGUACGUGCAGACUGUGCACUGGAGAGAAGCUUUGAAUAUCUUGAAGCUCGUGGUGUCUAGAUCUGCCAGCCUCGUUUUGCCUUCAUACCAGCACAGUGAUCUCUCAAAGAUAGAAAUCCAUCGCGUGUGGACCAGUGCUUCAAAAGAAUUACCUGGGAAAACCCUGGACUUUCACUUUGAUAUUUCGGAGACACCAAUCAUUGGGAGGCGGUAUGAUGAACUACAGAACGCCUCUGGGCGUGAUGGCAAGCCCAGAGCCAUGGCUGUCACUCGGAGUGCAUCCUCCACUUCAUCAGGCUCCAACUCCAACGUCCUUGUUCCUGUGAGCUGGAAAAGGCCUCAGUACUCUCAGAAGAGGACAAAGGAGAAGUUGGUACACGUCCUCUCUCUGUGUGGCCAAGAAGUGGGAUUAAGCAAAAACCCAUCAGUGAUCUUCUCCUCGUGUGGAGAUCUGGAUCUGCUGGAGCACCAGCCGAGCCUGGUGUCCUCCGAGGACGGCGCCCGGGAGCAGGAGAACAUGGAUGAUGCCAACAGCGAGCAGCAGUUCCGAGUCUUCAGAGACUUCGAUUUCCUAGAUGUGGAACUGGAGGACGGAGAGGGGGAAAGCAUGGACAAUUUCAACUGGGGAGUGCGCAGGCGUUCCCUGGACAGCCUGGACAAGUGUGACAUGCAGAUUGUGGAAGAGCGUCGACUCUCAGGAAGCACCCCCAGCCUGAGUAAAAUGAACCGUGAGGAUUCCGAGGAGUCAUCUGAGGAGGAGGACCUCACAGCCAGCCACAUCCUGGAGCACUCAGACCUGAUCAUGACCCUCUCGCCCUCCGAGGACACCAAUUCCUUGGAGCUGCUCCACACGGCCUGUGACUCGACCCCUGCUGACCCCCAUGCCUUUAACGCCAGGAUGGCCAGCUUUGAUGCUUCUUUGCCUGAUAUGAACAAUCUGCAGAUUUCUGAGGGCUCAAAGGCCGAGGCCGUCCAGGAGGAGGAGGACGCCACCGUGCAGGAGGAUGAUCUUUCCAGCUCCAUCAAUGAAUUGCCAGCAGCUUUUGAAUGCAGUGACAGCUUCAGCCUGGACAUGACUGAAGCCGAGGAAAAAAGCAACCGAGCCCUGGACCAGUUUACUCUUGCAAGCUUUGGAGAAGGUGACCGGGGCAUGUCUCCCCCACCUUCACCCUUCUUCUCGGCCAUCCUUGCUGCCUUUCAGCCCACAGUCUGUGACGACGCUGAGGAGGCCUGGCGCAGUCACAUUAACCAGCUCAUGUGCGACUCAGAUGGCUCCUGUGCCGUGUACACAUUCCAUGUGUUCUCCUCUUUGUUCAAGAAUAUUCAGAAGAGGCUCUGCUUCCUAACCUGUGACGCAGCCAGUUACCUUGGGGAUAACCUCCGUGGAAUCGGCUCCAAAUUUGUCAGCUCUUCUCAGAUGCUCACGUCCUGCUCCGAGUGCCCUACCCUUUUCGUGGACGCCGAGACUCUUCUUUCUUGUGGACUUCUGGACAAGCUCAAGUUCAGUGUUUUAGAACUGCAAGAAUAUUUGGAUACCUACAACAACAGAAAAGAAGCCACUCUCUCAUGGCUUGCAAACUGUAAGGCAACAUUUGCAGGAGGAUCAAGAGAUGGAGUAAUCACCUGUCAACCAGGGGACUCAGAAGAAAAGCAAAUGGAAUCUCUUGCACAACUGGAACUGUGCCAGAGACUCUACAAGCUACACUUCCAGCUGCUGUUGCUAUUUCAGUCCUACUGUAAGCUCAUUGGCCAGGUGCAUGAAGUUAGCUCCAUGCCAGAGUUGCUGAAUAUGUCCAGGGAACUGAGUGAUCUAAAGCGAAACCUGAAGGAGGCCACUGCAGCCAUUGCUGCUGAUCCUCUCUACAUAGAGGGAGCAUGGUCUGAGCCAACCUUCACGUCCACUGAAGCGGCCAUCCAGUCCAUGCUGGAGUGCCUCAAGAACAACGAACUUGGCAAAGCUCUACGGCAAAUCAGGGAAUGCAGAAGUCUGUGGCCCAACGACAUCUUUGGAAGCAGUUCUGAUGAUGAGGUCCAGACACUACUGAAUAUUUAUUUCCGUCACCAAACUCUAGGACAGACGGGUACUUACGCACUGGUGGGAUCUAACCAGAGCCUGACUGAAAUAUGCACCAAGCUGAUGGAACUGAACAUGGAGAUACGGGACAUGAUUCGCAGGGCCCAGAGUUACCGAGUUCUCACAACUUUUCUUCCAGACUCCAGUGUUUCCGGCACUAGUCUCUGACAGGAGCUUCCCGUCCCCCAUGGGUUCCAGGCUGGCGGUGCUGCCAUGCUGGGGCGACGUCAUUCAGUGUCUUCUCAGUCUUCACAAGGCUUGGACGGACUGUUCUCCCUCUUGUUACCUGUAGGACUUUUUCUAAAGAAGAUGGCAGAACUUCCAAUAUGUAGCAAUACUCUAGGAACCAAGGUAGCAUAGGAUAUCCUGAGACAGACUCCAUCCGUCAUGCUGUGUGGCACAAAUGUGUUAUUUACUGAGCAAAUGCAACUCACUACUGAAAAAGUGACUUCCAUUGCAUACCAAAGCCGACUACACUGAACAAUAACUUCCUUUCUAGAAAAGAAUUUUAGAUUGGCAAAAGUGCAAUGUUUUCUUCACUUAAAAAUUUUUAUAUUCUAAAAUUUGUACAGUCUUGCUUUUUUUUUUUAAUUUCCUUUUUUUUGUUUUUCCUUUUUGUGCUGAGAAUGGGGCAGGCAGAAUGAAGCUGGCCACUGAAGACAUGGAAGAUGGUCUAAAGCUGACAGCCUGUUUAUUUGAAAAGGGAAUUAUAAAUGAAUUACAAUUUAAUGCACACUGUUAUUUGAAUACAAUUACUGUACGUAAAUGGAGCUGCUGUGAAGUACCUUUUCUUAUGUUGCUAGGCUACUGUUUCUGAAGGCCCUGGAUCUCUGCACCAAAAUUGAUCCAGAUAGACUCUUUUUAAGGAUCGUGGCUGCUUUUUACAAGAAGGUUGCUUUUAUGAGCGUAUUUAUAUUACAGAUCGAUGAGUGUUAAUUUUAAUUCACUUUGCCAUUUUGUAGAGAAAAUUAAUCACAUUAUAAUUUCCAAGUCUUUUUACCUGUCAUGCAUGCAUAUUUUAAUAUCCAUUUGGAUAGUCAGGAGUAGAAUCAUAAAGGCAAAAUAUAAGUUGUCACUUUGUUUUUUAAGAAUGUCAUUUUAUUUGUAAUAUAUGUAAAAGGCCAUUGUUAGUUUUCUCCUUAAACUUAACGCUGUCAAGUGUUAGAUGUGUGCAUGUGAACCUGUUACACAUCCAAAAUAGUCAAAGUUUAUCUAUGUAACUUAUUCACUCUGUAAAUACAUUUAAAGUUUUUGUGAUGUAAUCUUGAUUGAUAUUCUAUUCAGAACUUUCUUUAGACUAAAAAAAGUGACAAAAUACAUGUUGACCAUGGAUUUUA